GCUGCACUCUGCAGCAUGUCGAGGUGCGGUAGUGGCUGCACUCUGCAGCAUGUCGAGGUGUUGAUCUUGGAUGAAGCGGACCGUAUCCUAGAUAACUUUUUCCAAGACCAGAUGCAGCUCAUCAUUAAGAACUGCAGCCCCAAGCGCCAGACGCUGCUGUUCUCGGCCACCAUGACCACAGAAGUCAAGCAAAUCGCAUCGGCCGCACUCGCAGAACCCGUCAAGAUUUUUAUCAACAGCAACACAAAAGUGGCCCAGAAUCUGCGUCAGGAAUAUAUCGCAAUGAGCGACGGUUCGUACACAGCCAGGAACGCUGUGCUCGUGUACCUGCUCGUGCACGUCUUCACCAACAACUCCAUCGUCUUCCUGCCCUCCAAGGAUCUGUGUCAUCGCCUGUACGUGACAUUACGGCUGUGUGGUCUGGCUGUAGCUGAGCUGCACAGCAAGCUGUCCCAGAGCUGCCGCCUACACAACCUCGCUCUCUUCUCCUCCGGCAAAGUGCGCGUCCUGCUCGCUACUGACCUCGCUGCUCGCGGCCUCGACAUCCAGGGCGUUGACAACGUCAUCAACUACAAGCUGAGCAGCUCGUACGCUAUGUACGUACACCGUGUGGGGCGCACGGCCAGGGCAGGACGUGACGGCCUGGCCAUCAGUCUUGUGCCGGACUCCGAGUACAAGCAUCUCAAGGCUAUCAGGAAGAUGUCUCAAACCGUCGUCUACCUUCGCAAAAUUGACCUUCAGGCGGUGCAGGUUUGGCAGGAGCGACUAGAAACUCUGUACGCCGCCACACAGCAGAUACUCGUCGCUGAGUCCGAAAACGCUAAAGAGAAGGAAAUAACCACAAUCAAGGACCGGCUCGAGAAAAUCGAAGAAAAAAGACGGAAGCAUGAAGAAAAAAUGAAGGAACACAAAAAGUAUGCCGAACUAAAGGAUGAAAUUAUCCAAACAAAGAAGAUCUCAUCGGUUGCUGCUGCUGCUGGCAUGACAAUUAAAGGCUACCUGAUGCACAAGCGCCUGGAGACGCUGGACAUGUCGAACAGCCAGAAGAAGCGCCAGGACCUAAAGGAGGAGCGCAGAAAAGACCCUACACUCAGGAGGAAAAAGUUUAAGAAGAAGAAGCGACCUGAUUUUUAAGUCAGGCUGUCGUGGUUCAUAAGGACCUGAAAAUGGAAGAAUUAAUGAAUAUAUACA